AUUUAUUUGUCUCAGGAAUCAUGACUUCUCAGGUGAGACAGAGCUUCCAUCAGGAGUGUGAGGCUGCCGUUAACAGACAGAUUUACCUGGAGCUCUACGCCUCGUAUGUCUACCUGUCCAUGGCGUAUUAUUUUGACAGGGAUGACAAGUCUUUGCCCAAUUUUGCCAAGUUUUUCCACGAGCAAGCUAAGGAGGAGCGAGAGCAUGCGGAGAAGCUGAUGAGUCUGCAGAACCACAGAGGAGGACGGAUCUACCUGCAGGACAUCAAGAAGCCGGAUCGGGAUGAGUGGGGCAGCGGUCUGGAAGCGCUGGAAUGUGCUCUGGCUCUGGAAAAGAGUGUAAAUCUGUCCUUACUGGAGCUUCACAAGCUGGCAACUCAACAUAAUGAUCCACAUGUUUGUGAUUUCCUGGAGACGCAUUACCUGGACGAGCAGGUGAAGUCCAUUAAAGAGCUGGCGGACUGGGUGAGCAGCCUGCGGCGGAUGGGCGCCCCUCAGAACGGCAUGGCCGAAUAUCUGUUUGACAGACACACUCUGGGAAAGGAAAGCUCUUAGACAGUCUCUCGGUUUAUGAUGGAGUCAGUGCGCCAAGCAUGUCAGGCCAUGUGAGUGUUGGAAACUAGAGAUCCUGUCCGAACCCAACCGUAGAUAUUAUACGCCACAUUAUAUGCAGUAUUCUAUAUGAAAUCAUUGAUCUCAAUAAAAAAUAUUACUAGUGAAGCCGUGUGUGUCCUUUUUUUA